AUGAAAGUACUUACUGACAAAGAGAAGGACGAGCAUUAUCGCUAUGUACUCAAACAUGGACUGCGAGGUGGUGUGAUAGGUCUUGCAGCUGGUAUGGGCCUUUCUCUUUUAGGAUCACGGUUCAUUCCGUCAUAUAGGAAUCUCAGACUUCCGCUCAAGGCAUUUCUUAUCUCGUCAGUGGCAUCCGGCACUUGUAUGGUGGUAGCAGAAAAGGCAUCACUCGAAUUCGACAGAGAAUUGUAUGGAUCGCCUAAAGUCCUCGAAAAAGUUUCUCACGAGAGUAAGCUUGAGAAUGUAAGAGGUUUCAUGAUUGACAAUAAAUGGGGUGUUCUUUUUGGAAUAUGGGCCCUUGGUAUGGCUGGCUCAAUGGGAUUAAUAUGGCGUAAUAGAUACGUAACCCUCUCCCAGAAAUUAGUGCAGGCUCGUAUGUACGCACAAGCAAUAACUAUUGCUGCUAUUCUGGGAUCAGCAAGUUUAUCAAUGACAGAAUCAUCACAUAAGAGUAAAUUUAUAAAUAAAUCUGAUGAAUGGAUCUUGGUAACUGAAAAAGAGAGCCAAGAUAACUAA